AUGAUGGCUUCGUCUUCACAGAUCGAUAGAAUAAAAUCGGCAGAUGAAAGGAUGAGGGAGUUAAAUAACAAUAUUGUUGUCGAUUAUAGUCCAAGUGUUGGCAUCAAAUCUUAUUUCCGGGUUUGUCGUUCUAUGCUGAAUAUGGCAAAUGAUUAUGAAUCAGAUGGCUGUAAAACCCAGGCCUACUGUCUUCGACGACGUUUUGUCAUUCUUUUUCUCAAUUUCUUAAGUCAACGCCAAGAUUAUAAAUCAUGCGACCCGAAAAUUCAGAAUCAGUGGUCUCGGGAAUGUGGUCGAGUAUUAAAGAGGGUUGAAGAAAUGCAUAAAGAAAUUCUAGCAGGCUACGAUGCUGAAGUGCUUGAACUUCAAAAAAUUCUUCGAGCACCUUCACCUCCCCCAGAUUUACCGUCUCCUCUUUUGGCGAAUACCAGUGUAAUUCCCUCUCCCCUAAUUUCAAACUCCACACCAUCGAAACUAUCGCCUCCUAAGGUCGAUCGAAGCACUAAACCCACGACUGUAUCACCAACGGCAUGUCUUAUUGAUGGUCUGCACCCUAUUCUUGUUCCCACUUCUCUUGUUAGUACUUUUCUUCGGAUAGCAGAACCCAAUACGCUCCUUAAACUUGAAACCUGUGGUACUCUAUGCGGAAGGUUAUCUCCUGAAGGCGAUAAGUUAGUAAUUUCUCAUUUAAUCAUCAGCAAACAGAUUGUCACGCCGAAUUCUUGUACCACAACAAACGAGGAAGAGUUACUGGACUGCAUUGAAUCUUCUGGGCUGAUUGUUCUUGGUUGGAUUCAUACUCAUCCUUCACAGACUGCCUUUAUGUCCUCAAUGGAUCUCCAUUGUCAGCUCUCUUAUCAACUUAUGCUUCCGGAGGCUAUUGCAAUUGUUUGUUCCCCGAAAUUCGAUGAGGUUGAAUACUUUUCCCUCACUCCGGACUAUGGUCUUGGAUUUAUUCUUGAGUGUCAACAAACAGGGUUCCACGAACAUUCAGCUACUCGAGAUCUCUAUACUCGGUGUAAGCAUGUUGUCUUUAUAGACGCCCCUAUUGAGGUUCGAGAUCUGCGAUAA